CGCAAAAGCACUGCUCUAGUAGAUUGCGGCCGGGGUGGGCCGGCCGAUCGCUCAUUCGGCCUUUCCGCCUCGCUGCCGCCGCCCAAAAUCCACCUGGGAAGAAGAAAAGAGGGGCCUCUUCUCUUCCUCUCUCGCGUCCGAUGGCCUCGAGCCCGGGCGUCGGCGGCGGAGGGGCGGACGGCGGCGGAGGGGAUGGACCGACGACGCUCGACGAGCUGUACCACAUCAACGUCGUGCCGGCCGAGCUGCACUUCAAGUUCCGCAAGGAGCUCCAGGGCCUCCGCGUGGGCCUCAACUUCGAGUUCUACAACCUAGAGGUGAAUGAUUUUGAGGCAAAGGUAGUUCUGAAGCCCCUGGACUUUGACCGGAAGUGGAAGUUCCAGUACAAGCCCAUCAGUGGUGACAUACAGCUGCUUUCCAAGAAGAUACCAGUCACAAAAUAUCUCAACCUUCAGGUCGGCAUUGGUCACAAUUUCCAACUGAAGGCAACUGGAUGGAAGUGGAAGCUCUCUACUUGCUUGGGGGGAGAUGGUGUUUCUCAGAUAAGAAACAAAUCAAAACUCAACGUGUUUCCAGGGUUUGAUCUGAGGCUCGGUUGGAAAGCUGAAUAUGUGCUUCCUGAGAUUCAUGGGGCUGUUGGCACAGGAGAACCUGCCUUCAGUAUGAACUAUGGACGAUUGCAAGCAUCCAUAGACCGGGUUGAGGCUAUUGUGACCCAAUCAGAUCGGCACUGAACCUCCUAGGAUGAGCAGACCAGGACGUUGAUGAUGUUAUGGUCGGCGAAGCAAGGGAGUUCUUUGGCUACAAUUUCCUCUGCAAAAUCCGAUGGUUUACUCAUGUCUUUUGAGGCUUUGCAUCUGAUGUACAGAAAUGAGCAAACAUUGUUUUACCAACAUAAAGGAGUAUUUUCGAGUUUA